AUGAAGCCGUCUACUCUGGCACUCGUCCUCGGCGGCGCUCUUGCGUCGGCCAAGCAGCCAAACAUCCUCUUCGUCUUGACUGACGACCAGGAUCUGCACAUGAACUCGAUCGAGUACAUGCCACUUCUGCAGAAACACAUUAUCGAGCAGGGCACCACAUUCACAAAGCACUUUUGCACUGUGGCCAUCUGCUGCCCGUCCCGCGCAAACCUGUGGACUGGACAUGCUGCCCACAACACCAACGGCGGCUUCCAGAAGGUUAUUUCCGAAGGAUGGAACGACAACUACCUCCCCCUCUGGAUGCAGGAUGCCGGAUACAACACCUACUAUUCGGGCAAGCUCUGGAACGGCCACACCGUCUCCAACUACAACGAGACUUUCGCCCGGGGGUUCAACGGCUCCGAUUUCCUGCUUGACCCGUACACGUACAAGUACUACGACGCCGUCAUGACCAGGAACGGGCAAGAACCUGUCAGCUAUGCCGGCAACUACUCGACAGACGUCAUCAAGGACAAGAUCCUUGGCUUCUUGGACGAAGCCUUGUCCCACCAACAACCCUGGUUCGUUGUCGCCGCCCCCAUUGCUCCUCACGCCACAACCACCACGGACCCGGGAACGAACUCGACCUACUUUGACUUUGCCCAGUACGCGCCCAGGCACGCCGACCUCUUCAAGAACUACACCAUCCCGAGAGACACCAGCUUCAACGCCAAGGUCCAAGGCGGUGUCAGCUGGAUCAAGAACCUCGCCCCCCUCAAUACCUCCGUCAUUGACUACAAUGACGAGUUCCAGCGGUCCAGGCUGAGGGCUCUCCAGGCCGUCGAUGAGAUGAUCGAGGCCUUCGUCGAGAAGCUGGACGAUGCCGGUGUUCUGGACGAUACAUACGUCAUCUUCAGCACCGACAACGGCUUCCACAUCUCCCAGCACAGGAUGACGCCCGGCAAGGAGUGCGGAUACGACACCGACAUCCACAUUCCCCUCGCCAUCCGCGGCCCCGGCAUUGCAAAGGGUCAGACCAUUGACGCCGUCACCAGCCACACCGACAUUGCCCCCACCAUCCUCGAGCUCGCCGGCGCUCCCAAGCAGCUCGACGGUAAAGUCAUCCCGCUGACGGUCGAGGCUGCCCAAGACGGCGUUUAUGAGCACGCCGCCAUUGAGUACUGGGGAAGGGCCUUGGCCGAGGGCAUCUACCUCAACCCCGCCGGCUCGCGGAACAUUUACAACAACACGUACAAGGGCCUCAGGCUCGUCGGCGACGACUACAGCAUCUACUACAGCGUCUGGUGCACCAACGAAGCAGAGUUCUACGACGUCAAGACCGACCCCGGCCAGAUCCACAACCUAGCCUCGGACCCCACCGCCCAGUCCGGCUACCGGCUCGCCGGCCGGUCGCUGGCACAAGUCAUCGCCCGCCUCGACGCGCUCAUGAUGGUGCUCAAGUCGUGCAAGGGCGUCGCCUGCACGCAGCCCUGGGCCGAGCUGCACCCCGCGGCCACGUCGUCGUCAGCCAGCAGGCACGUCGUCGCGCCGGUGCGGACCCUCACCGACGCCCUCGCCAGCGAGUACGACGACUUCUACGCCGCGCAGCCCAAGGUGGCCUUCACGUCGUGCGAGAUGGGGUACCUCGUCGGCGCCGAGGGCCCGCAGCAGUUCAACAAGUACGCCGACGGCGGCGGCGCCCGCCGCGGUGCGAGGAUGGAGGACUCGAAAAUCGACGGCCGUGAGAUUUUCCUGUACGGCGACGAUUGGCACCUCUACACCUAA